AACUAGAGGUCGCAGGCAUAAGGCAGCAGCCGCCCGCACCAUCGAAUCUUCUCGGAUCAGUUUCUCGCGAGAUCCGAUGCCAGAAAAAUCAUAAACUAAUAAAGUUAAAAAAAAAAAUAAUAAUAAUAAUAAUAAUAAUAGAUGAAAGGCAAAACGUAUAUAAAAUGGACUAUACAUUAGAAUACACCAAUACAAAAGAGAGAAUCACGCGGGCCGGAAGACAAAGAAAGCAAAAACAAGUCUUGUUUCAGUUUUCGUGGAUCUCAUUAUCUUCUCUCUGAUUGACUUAAUUUUCGCGAAAGUGGGCGUAAUUAAGAGUGUGCGUUUGAAUUGGAGAAUAAAGGGGAUGCUUUGUUGGUAGUUUAGUGGGAGGGAGAAAUGGAUUCGGCGAGGAGUUGGUUGCAGAAGCUUCAACCGCGAGAUAAAGUAAGGGGUUUAAGUAGGAAGAAGGAGGCUGGUGGCAAUGGAAGUAAUGACGAUUGUACGGAUGAAGAAGCUAUGUCUAAUGCUACAAAGCAGAAGGUCGCCGCAGCUAAGCAGUACAUUGAGAAUCAUUACAGGGAGCAAAUGAAGAAUCUGCAAGAGAGGAGGGAGAGGCGAAAUAUAUUGGAAAGAAAGUUGGCUGAUGCUGAUGUCUCUGAGGAAGAUCAAAAUAACCUUCUUAAGUUCUUGGAGAAGAAGGAAACAGAAUACAUGCGUCUUCAGAGGCAUAAAAUGGGUGCUGAUGAUUUUGAGUUAUUAACAAUGAUUGGGAAGGGGGCAUUUGGGGAGGUUAGAGUAUGUAGAGAAAAGACAACUGGUCAUGUUUAUGCUAUGAAAAAGCUUAAGAAAUCAGAGAUGCUCCGAAGAGGCCAGGUUGAGCAUGUGAGAGCAGAAAGGAAUCUGCUUGCCGAGGUUGAUAGCAACUGCAUUGUCAAACUCUACUGUUCUUUUCAAGAUGAUGAGUUUCUUUAUCUUAUUAUGGAAUAUCUACCUGGUGGAGAUAUGAUGACUCUACUUAUGCGAAAGGAUACCUUGACCGAAGAUGAAGCCAGAUUCUAUGUUGCAGAGACAGUUUUGGCUAUUGCAUCUAUCCAUAAACACAAUUACAUUCAUAGAGAUAUCAAGCCUGACAACUUGCUGCUUGAUAGAUUUGGACACUUGAGACUCUCUGAUUUUGGUCUAUGUAAACCCUUAGACUGCAGCACUCUUGGAGAGCACGAUUUUUCUGUCACAAACAAUGCUAAUGGGGCUGCACAGAAUCAGGAGCAACCAGGAGCUCCAAAACGGACACAACAAGAGCAACUGCAACAUUGGCAGAAGAAUAGGAGAACACUUGCUUAUUCUACAGUUGGCACACCUGAUUAUAUUGCUCCAGAAGUCCUGCUGAAGAAAGGUUAUGGCAUGGAAUGUGAUUGGUGGUCACUUGGUGCUAUUAUGUAUGAAAUGCUUGUGGGAUAUCCACCUUUCUAUUCAGAUGAUCCAAUGUCAACAUGUAGGAAGAUAGUAAACUGGAGAACCCAUUUGAAGUUUCCUGAGGAAGCAAAAUUAUCGCCAGAGGCAAAAGAUCUUAUUAGCAAACUCUUGUGUAAUGUCAACCAGAGACUGGGAUCAAAAGGCUCAGAUGAAAUAAAGGCUCAUCCAUGGUUUGAUGGUGUCAAUUGGGAUAAGCUAUACCAAAUAGAAGCUGCAUUUAUUCCUGCAGUCAAUGAUGAGUUGGAUACUCAAAAUUUUGAAAAGUUUGAAGAGUCCGACAACCAGACCAAAACUUCAUCAAAGAGUGGUCCAUGGAGGAGGAUGCUCUCAUCCAAGGACAUAAAUUUUGUGGGCUAUACCUACAAGAACUUCGAAAUUGUCAAUGAUUAUCAAGCGGCUGGGAUGGCUGAAUUGAAGAAAAACACCAAACCAAGGAGGCCCUCCAUCAAGUCACUUUUUGAGAUUGAGGUGGAGGAGACAUCAGAAUCGUCAGAAACAGCCGGUAAGGAGCAACAAUCGGCUACUCAAGGGAGCUUUAUGAAUUUAAUGCCGAACCCAAUGAGUAGAACUGACUCAAAAUCAGAGUGAAUCACAUGAUUUAAGCCAAACCAAUCUCUCAAUAUUUCAGAUAGAGAAGGCCCUCCUGCUCACAACACAUGGUAGAUUAUAAAAUUUCAGUUAAUUUAGGUGGUCUUUUUGAUGUUACCGUUUUCAUUCAAUUUGGAACUCUGAGGUCUGGUUGAAUGCUCAAAGUCUUAUGGCCUUGAAGAAAAGCACUGGAUUUUGAUGUUACUAACCAGAGCGUUGAUGUGGAUAACAGUUGUAUAAGCUUCUUCUUCUUCUUCCUUUU